GAGAAAGGCGAUUGAGCAGGCGAGCACUGCAGUUCACUUUAAACCAAGCAGCAUCCCCAACGCCACCCUGUGCUCCAGUUCCAUCCUCUUUCUUCCCCAAGUUGGUGUGACUUCCUCAUUCCAAUUAUCCGAUCCACUCUGUAUGCAUCAUUCGCAAUUAUGAAAUUCUUCGAGAAUGUCUUCACCUACGACUAUUCCUUCCCGGCCGUGUCGCUGGCCUACUUCCUUCGCUAUCCCAACCCGUAUUCUCGCCAUGUGCUGACCACCGAUGUCAUUGACCGUUAUGUCGAUCCGACGACUCAGCGUCUCCACACCACUCGCCUCCUCCUCAAGAAAUCCAAGGUUCCCUCGGGAAUCCUCAAACUCCUCCCCAAGGGGAUUGGCGGCUCAGACAAUUCCGGCCAGAGCUAUAUCCUCGAAACGACUGUUGUGGACGCCAAAGAGGGCUGGAUGCAGACGGAAUCCCGUAACAUGGAGUGGACCGGGAUAUUGAGCGUGGUCGAGAAGCAAUUCUACCAGCGUCAGCCCGAAGGUCCGCUCGGCACUCUGGAAGGGCUUUCCCUCGAUGACAAGAAAAGCGAGCAGACUACGGUGCGCACUACAGUCACUUUCCGCUCUAAAUUCGGGCAAGGAAAACUGCUAGGCAGAAGGAAGACGGAGCCGAGUAGCGAUCACACUGGGGAUUACGAAGAAGAAGCUCCAAAAAGAGGCCUUUUCACCUCCUUGUCCACUGCGGGAAUCCAACGCACGAUCGAGCUGAUUGGAUUGAAUCGCACUCGGGAUGCCGUGCUUAAGAGUAAGCAGGGUAUGAACGUGGUCCUUGAGCGCUUGCGCAAUGGCGGUAUCGUGGGUGUUCUCGAAGGGAUGCGUCAAGAUCGGGAAGCAGCGUUCGGGCCUGAGGGCGGUCCCUGGAAGCGAGUUUGGCUAUCCGGCCAUGGGCACGCGUCUAUUCAAGAUGACGACAAUUGAUUUCGAGCUUCUCAUCGAAUUGGAGAAAAGGCGACUAACACGGGAAAUAUAUGUGCGACAUUCAAGCGUGGAGCUCUGGCGUUUUUGGGGGACUCUCAUUUCUUUCUUGCUUUUGACGGAAACUCUCCUACCCUUCUGAAACCUUUUUUUUUUCCCUUUCAUUCAGGGUCAUACUCUGAGAUUUCUGACUAUUUUGACACAUGCAUAUUAUCUCACCAUGUAUACAACGAGAAACGUCACGGAUCAAAACCUUGUGUAUAUUAGGAAAGGGCGGCCAGUCGGAUACUCUUGCUAAAUUCGGUUGCACCUCUGUACAAUAUCGAUGCAAUUCACAUUUAUUACUUCUUUCACUUGCUUC